AUGGCAGGGGGCGGAUGCGUCGCAACGGCUGAUUCGGGGAGGGGGAAAGGGAUAUUUCGCCACUUUCUUUCUACUACCGUCCAUCCAUCCCCGGCGCUGCGCACUUGAGCUGAAUUCACAGAGCGCGGCGCGUUCUCAGUUGUCCGUCGUUCGUCGUUCAUUUCGCCGAGAGGGCUCGUGUUCGCCGCACCGUUUCGAGCCUGAUCGGAGAUCCAGACUUCGCUCACUUGCGACCAACGAGGACCAGCGCCGCUCAAACGCUCGUAACCGCCUUCCGCUCCUUACCUUCCAUCAUUGCAACCUCGCUCGACAUACAUGCGACACUAGACUACCACCCCCGCCCGAGCCCAUCAGCCGCUAAAACCACCCGAGACGCCGCCCACAGCCUUCCAGCGCCCACCGCGGUGCUGAGCAGUAUAUCCCGGCCUCCCUCCUUCCUCCGACCCGUCCGGAAUCCACCUCGGCCCAACCCCCCUCCGACGCUCUGCCUCCGACCAUGUCUUCAGGCGACGUCCACUACGCCCCCUCGUCGUCCAAGCCGCAGCAGUGGACGCCGGCGCUGCACCUCCAGGUCCCCGUCGCGAACCAGUCUUCGUUCCCGUCACCCGUCUCCCCCUCCUCCACGCUGAGCGAACCCAACCAGUACCCGCCAUGGUACCAACCCCCGCCGGGCGCUACCACUAGCAGCACACAAGACGGCCCAGGCCCGCUCUCGCUGAACAUGUCCGGCCUCUCCGUCAACGCGUCCUCGAGCAACAACGUGUCCCCCGUCCACCCCUCCGCGCUCCCCUCCAGCGCGAGCACCAUGUCCCCCAUCACGCCCAUCAGCCCGGCGCAGCACCCGUUCGGGGCCCACCAUCAGCCGAUUCCCCCGCAGUUCACGUUCACUCAUGGGGACGACCCGCAACCGCAAUACGACGUGCACGGCCGGCGCCUCGAGUCCAGCGGACGCUCGUCCGCCAGCAGCUCCGACAAGUCGUCGUCCAUCCCGAAGAAACGGAGCUUCACCCACAACAGCGGGCCCAACCUCAGCCCCAUGGAGGAGUACGACAACCCGGCGACGAUGAUGGACAUCAACGGUUCGGGCUCGUACGACGAGGCGGAGAUGGGUGGGUACCCCCACAUGGACGCGAGCCCGGUGGACGAGCACAGCAGCGGCGAACAGGAAGACCACGUCAAGGGCUUCGACGGCGCCUCUGGCGCCUCCGGCUCGCAGUCGGGCAUACCGCCCGGCAGCAUCAACAUCUUCGGAAAACCUGCGGGGACGAACAACUUCGUCACCAAGCUUUACCAGAUGAUCAACGACCCAAAGUCGGCAAACUUUAUUCAAUGGACGGAUCUCGGCACCAGCUUCGUUGUAUCCAAUGUUGGCGAAUUCAGCCGGAGCAUACUGGGCUCCCAUUUCAAGCACAACAACUUCUCGAGCUUUGUGCGGCAAUUGAACAUGUACGGGUUCCACAAGAUCAAUCGGACACCGCGUGCACAACGCACGUCGACGGACGCCCAGACGUGGGAGUUCUCGCACAACAAGUUCCUCAGGGGGCGCCCGGACCUGCUGGACGAGAUCAAGCGCAAGGCGCUCGAUCCCGACCCGUCCAUCAAACAGCGCGUCGAGCUGCCGGGCGAGGUCGCCGCCCAGCUGGCGCAGAUGCGCGACGAAAACAGGCGCGUGGCGAACGCGCUCAACGCGGAGAAGGCCAAGGUCGAGCGGCUGGCGCACGUUACGAAAACGUUGUACGAUAUGAUGGCGAAGGCCAUGCCAGGCCAGAUGCCCAUGCCGUUCCCGUCAGACCUCGUGGACCCCAGCAGUGCGGAUCUCAUGAUGAACCCCUUCGGCUCGACGGCCACCCCGCACGCGGCCCACUUCCACCCGCCGGCACUGCCCGUCCUCACUAACCCCUCCAUGCACCCGAUGCAAUCGUCAGGGGCUAGCCCGAACGGGAGCCCGACCUCGACCGAGUUCCCCCCGCCCGGCCAAGGGCAGCAGUACCACCAGCACCCGCACCCGCACCCGCACCCGCACCCGCACCACCACUCGCUCUCGCGGCACCACAGCUUCCAGCAUCUUCAGUACGGCCCGGACGCCGCGCCGCCGUCGUACACGCAAGGAUCGGUCUCGAGCGCGCGGUACGAAGCCGCCGGCGCGUUGUCGACGUCGCUCCCGCCGUCCCCGGGCCCCCUCGACCCGUACUCGGCCACGUCCUCGCCGGGAGAGAUGGCCGACGGCCGCCACGGCGGCGCGAAGCGCCAGCGCACGGGCAACUCGCCCGUCGCGGGCCCGGGGGAGAUGGCGCUGAAGAAGACGCUGUCGCGCGCCAGGAGCGACUCGGCGCCGCUCGGGUACGCGCUCGGCGCGGGCUGGGGCCAGGACGCGCGGCCGAGGAGCGGGAGCGGGCUCGCGCCUGUGAGGGUCGCGGGCCGCCGCGACGAUAUCGCGCUGCCGACGCUGGCGCCGAGGGUGCCCGCGAGCGGGACGGGGUCGGGCGUGAUGUCCAUCUCUGCUGCGUCCAAGGGCCAAUGAGGAUGCGAAGGCGGGAUAUAGGCCGCCGCUUGCUCCCUCGGCCGACGCUGAAAACUAUAUUUCAUGGUUUCAUCCUUCUCCCCUCUGCUACGUUCAUGGGACUCCCUGCCCAACCUCUUGUAUCGAUCAGCCCCUUUUCGCCUCGUUUCGUUAUCGUCUCGGUCCUCACCCAGCCAUAACGCUCCCCUUCCUUUGGACAAUCACUGUCGUUUCGUGGCCAUUCUCCUGUUCGCUUCGGUUCGUGCCCAUCGUCUCUUGGAAUCCUGUUUCAGUGCUUGUUGCUCUCUCUCUCUCUCUCCAUACCACCCACUUUUCGUCGUUCGUUCUCGAUCUAGAGGAUGCGUCGCCAUCAACUUUUCUCCUGUGUUUCUGCC